AAAGCGACUGGGAGAAGAAGAAAAAAGGAUGCGAGUUGUUGUUUUGAAGGUGAAGGCUGUGAAUUGAAGGGAGAGAGAGAGAGAUAAUGUGGCGUAUAUAUUUGUUCCUCAAACUUUGUGCUCUUGAAUCAAAAUUAUAUGGACUGGUAGGGAGAUAUCCAGUGUGUCAUCUAAAGAUUUUGAUGUAAAGUUUGUAAUGGAGCAAAGUGCUCUUUAACGCAGUUGAGCAGUGUUCAUACGUUCAGCGCACGUCCAGACCAGCAGGUGGCGCUGAUUAUUAACGAGCUACAGCAGGAUGAACGCAGACAAAACGACAGACGAGAAAUACAUUUGUUAUGGAUGUGGAAAUAAGAGGUGGACAGACACUUCCGUGACAUUUUAUCGAUGCACAAUGUCUAAACUGCAGGUUUUAAGUGUUUUUCUGACAGAGAGAUUAACAUUAGCUGCGCAGGAAAUAUUUAAGUUUGUGGAAGAUAUAUUUUCAGAUUAUAAUGAGGAAAUUUGUCGCUCCAGACAGGUGAUUUAGCUGCUCAAGAGGAGACUGCAGCAGGCAAGAGUUCAAAAGUUUAUUUUAUUAUUAAUAUUAGAUUAUUGAGAUGUUUAGAUUAUGCCAAAAGAGCCAAUGAAGAACAACACUUUGCCAUUUUUUUCAGCGCUCUUUGUUAUUCACGUAUCAGUUUUACUAAUUUACGUCAUAUAUACACACCUGACAUCCACCACUUAUGAUCUUUAAGAACUGAAUGUGAUUGAAUUAUUAUGUUUAUUCAUGUAGUAACACAGCUUUGCUCCUCUGAGACUCAAGGACAGAAAUACUCCUAGACAUUUCCAGAGGAAUGGAGAUCUGAACGUGACUUGAAGGAUACAGAGAUGCAUAUGAUACUAGAUAUUUGUGCAAAGGAGGAGGAGAAUGGAGAGGGCAUGCCUGUGAGCAGUGAAUCAGUAUCUUUAUCAGCAUGUAUGGACGUUUAUCAUGAUCAGACGCCCAGCAAAGACACUGAAACCCAUGUAAUGGGCAGUAGAGAGAAUAAUUUUCACUUUAUUGAUCAAGCAGCUCGAAUUAAGAAUGAGCCUGAGACUAAUACUGAAACAGGUACCACCUGUCAAAUACAGCAGAACAUCACAAAACACAGCUUGGAUGAUUCAGGCGCAAGUGAUGCUUCCAGUGACAUCAACACAGUCAAAGUUAGCCACAUUGGCUCCCCCAGACAUGAGACACAAACAUUUAAUCUGCCCCUCAGAAAUCAAGAGAUGUUGACGCAGCAUCGGAUAGAGCCGGCCCAGAUAAGAGAGAGACAGGAGAUUGAGCUGCUCAAGAGGAGACUGCAGCAGGCAGGAGUUCAGAUGGACUCUGAAACGCAGGCUUGCUCUUCCGAGACUCAAGGACAGAAAUACACCCAGACGUUUUCAGAGGAAUUGAGAUCUGAACAUGUCUUGAAAGAUACAGAGAUGCAUAUGAAACUAGAAGUUUAUACACAGCCGGAGGAUAAUGAAGAGGUCAUGCCUGUGUGCAGUGAAUCAACAUCUUUAUCACCAUGUAUGGACAUUUAUCAUGAUCAGACGCCAAGCAAAGAUAGUAAAUCCCAAGUGAUGGACAGCAGUGAGAAUAAUUUUCCCAAUAGUAACAAAGCAGCUCGAAUUAAGAAUGAGCCUGAGACUAAUACUGAAACAGGUACCACUUGUCAAAUACAGCAGAACAUCACAAAACACAGCUUGGAUGAUUCAGGCGCAAGUGAUGCUUCCAGUGACAUCAACAAAGUCAAAGUUAGCCAUAUUGGCUCCCCCAGACAUGAGAUACAAACAUUUAAUCUGCCCCUCAGAAAUCAAGAGAUGUUGACGAAGCAUCGGAUGCAGCUGGCCCAGAUAAGAGGAAGUAAAUUACAAUCACAGCAGGAAAGGAACAAGAGGAAUAAGAGUGAAAAUGAGGAAAUUCACAGAGUAAAGAAGAUCAGACACUUUGAAGAAGUGACACUUGAUAAAGAACAACAAACACAGUCCAAGACAAACCUGGCUGAAAUUAGUUUGGAAGACGUUCAGCAUGAAGAGGAACUGUCUGAAAGCUACCCGACUCAUCAUGAUGUUCACGGAAAUCCACACGGUACAGGAGAGUAUUUGUGUGUCGUGUGCCGCAGAAGAUUCAGCUCGCCAGGACUGCUGAAAAUUCAUCUGCGAGUUCACUCUGGAGAGAAACCCUACCACUGCAACUUUUGUGGGAAAAACUUUAGACAAUCAAGUCACCUGAACACACAUGUCAGGAUCCACACGGGAGAGAGACCUCACAUCUGCCAGAACUGUGGAAAGACGUUUAUUGACUCGAGCGCAAGAAACAGACACUUCAAAAAAUGCGUUCUUAUCUCUCUGCAAGCACAAUGAAAUCAUAAGGAGCACCUGUUGUUUUCUGUAGCUCACUGAAUACUUUAAAAUGACAGCAGCUGAUUUUUUACAAUAGUGAUGUUUCAAUCGAUAGGUCCAAUCCAGAGUCAUUAAAAACAUAACCACUGAAAAAGUGAUGUGUCAAGAACAUCUCCUCCUGUCUUUAAAAAGAUUUUACCAAUAUUUUUUUUUUUUUUUUGCACAGAAAUUUUACCUGAACUCCUUGAAGCACUUUCAAUGGUACAUUUUCUACAGCAAGACUAGUUGAGUUUCUUGAAACAUCUGAACUGAGGUACGGCUCACAUUUUAACCAUGUAACGCUUUGUUUAUUUACUGAGAAAAUGUUUUUUCUACUGUUCAUGCCUCCAGAUUUUAUCUUGUUCCUUCUACUUAAUAUUAAUAGCUAGCAUAUUUAUGAGAAAUUGUACCACUUUAUUUAUUACUGUUUUUAUAUGCAAACAAAAUAUUGCAUUUCAUUUUCAUACAUUUCUUUGGUCUAAUUUUUCACAUCUACUGCAUUACUGCAGUUUGUAGUAAUUCAUUUUUCCUGUUUUUAAUGGGUGAGUUUGGUCUGUAAAGUCUUAUUUAAUUUUGUUUGUCGUCGUUUUCUAAACAGCAGUUUUUAUAACUAAAAAAAUAAAA